CAGGUGAGCCGGCGGUGAGAACAGACGGAAGAUGGCGCCGAGACGCACAAGGAACGCGGUGACCAUCCCGAACCAAGAGCAGAUGAGACGCAGCAGACUGGCUCUGUUCAUCCAGCAGUUUGAGAAAGAAGCCCAAGAGCGCAUGAAUGAGCUGGAGGCCAAACUGGAGAACAUGCUGUCCACGGUGGACAAGGUGUUCGAGGUGGAGCUGAUGAAGAUGCCUCCUUCUCUUCAAAACACCCUCAUUGGAGAUUUAAUCAGAGAGCAGGAACUCUCUGCCAGUGAUGUAUCAAUUGCCAUGAAGAACGAGUCCCUCGAGAUGCACCAGACCCUCAGGAGGUGUCACAGUAAAAGAGUCCAAUCAAGUGCUUCUACCACAGUUCAGUCUGCUUCAGUCCAGAGGGCCUCACACAAGACCACUAAGGCCUUAAACGGCACAAGCAGGACCCGAACGUUGGCCGGCAGUAGCAGCACAGGAAACAUCCGGGGUUCCGCAGUCACUGCCAAGAGGACUCAAAGCCGGUUGACAAAAACCAGCGAGCAGAUACCAGUCACCAAACCCAAACUCAGGUCGGUGGUCUCUGCUGGUGAUCUGCACUGUUCAAUGGCCGGCUCGGCUGCACACAUCACCGUCACCACAGCACAGGGGCAGACCGUCAGCUUCUCUGAAGAGACAAAGGAGGAAAUAAACCUUGAAAUGCUGGAUGACGUGGCAUGGUGCCAGAUUCAGAAGCUGACGAAUCUGAUGGAGUAUCUGUCCAGGCAAAAUCGCUGCCAGCGAUGAGUGAAGAUUCCGGAGCAAGUCCACUGAGACACGAGGAUUUUUUAAAGUGUUUUAACAAAUAAAAUAAUAAAGCUUAUUUGCCUUAUCAUGUGACUACACGCUGCAUUUGUAUGAUUUAGUCCAUAAAAUGACAAAAACAAAGUCCUGUGAUUAAAUUAGCUGAACCUUUUAAUCCAAAUUAAAGAACAUUUAGAAAUACAGGUUCAUAAAAAAAGUUCAGCAGACAGUCAAAGAUCAUGUUUGUAAAAUAUGUCAAGAAAAAUCGACCCAGUCACAACAAACUACCUACUUCUUUUUAAUCUUAAGAGAACUACACCACAGCUGUAAUGCAUCACUUUAGCUUC